GCCACGAGUAGUGAGAAGAGCUCCGACACGACGACGACAACAGCACCGGACGAGACGAGCACCGAGUCGUCCACCGAUGGCCAGACGACCACCGAAUCCGACGCUUUGACCACCGAUACGACCGACGCGUCGGCGAAGUCCACGAAAGCCAAACUCCGGGAGCCGUCAAAGACAUCGAAGACGCCGAAGCCUAUCGUUCAGGAAGAGGAUCAACACGAAGACGAAGAAGAAGAUAGUGGGCCGACAUCGACGACACCCACACCACCCGUAAAGGGCGGUCACAAACUGAAACCCGCGGCGCAGACAAAGCCUAAAUCGCCGGCAAAGACGAGGACUUCGACCACACCUGCGGCCGAUGAGGAAGAAGAAGAGGCGGAACCCAUUGUACAGCAAUCGGAGGACCAGUCGUCACAAAAGCCGACACAACGCCCGACGUUUAGACCCAAACCCAAGUCGACUACCCCUUCAUCGGAAGCCGAAGAGCAACCGAUGGAACAGCAAAAAGAGGAUCAGACGGCACAACAACCGGAGGGACAGUCGCCCGAAGAGCAGACACCGCAAGAGCCCGAAGAACCGGAACAGACGGCCGAAGACACGGAAUCGCGUGAUAAACCAAAACCCGGAGCACCUGAUGAACAGCAACAACAACAGCAACCGAUGGACAGCACCGGCGAUGACGAACAACAGGAGCCCAUACAACAGCAACACGUGGAUCAGGUGCCCGAAGAACAGCUACCACUAGACCAACAACAGAUGUCUGACGGACCCAGACGUCCGCCACAGCCAUCACCCGAUGACGUCCAGCAACACAUACAACAAGAGCCCGACGACUACCCACAGCAACAACAGGUGCCGACCGACGAUCACCAAACAGCUGGCGCUGACCGACACCGACCACCGCCGGCACAGUAUCCCAUAGAGCAGGAGGAGGAGCAGCAGCAGCACCAGGACGUGGACUCGUCUAACCGGCCCGACGACCAGUUUGCGCAGUCGGUGCCAGAGCGGCACAUGAGGCCACCACACCAUCAUCACCAGCCGUCGCAACCCAAUGGUGGUGGCGGUGAUGAGCCGGUGUCCAAUUCGAGCUACCAGUGCGCUCAGGAGGGCUUCUUCCGCGACCCCAACGAUUGCAACGCAUUCUUCCGGUGCGUCAAUCAAUUGGGAUUAACGAGGUUUGACUUCCGGUGCGGCGAUGGCCUCCACUUUGACGAAAGGUAUAGUGUCUGCAAUUGGCCACAACAGGCGUACCCGCCGUGCGGUGCGCCCACCGGUGCUCAACGCCAACCACAGCAACAACCGCCACAACCGUCACAAUCGCAACCCCAGACUCCCGGAGCCGACUAUAAUGACAGUCCGUUCAUUGAGUACAGCCCUCAAGAGUCUCAACAAGUGUCCGGUGAUAGUCAGGCGCUGGACAGACAGCAACAGCCCGUCAAAGGUGAACAGACGGACAGUUCAGGUGUAGACCAGGAUAGGCCACAGUUUAACCCUCGACCACAAUCACAACAACAAGACUAUGACAAUAGCCCACAAACCGAUGCCGUAAAAACACCACAACAACAGCCAUCGGCCUCACAGGGGGUCAAAAGUCCGACAAAGUCUGCGCCAAAGCCACAGUCCAGACCUCGACCGCCCCCACCGUCGAGAGGGCAGACAAAAGGUGGUCAGAAAACACCAUCAAAACCGUCUGAACCCAUGAAAAACACCAAAAAUGGAGGAAAAGUGGCCGCAAAUGGCCGACAAAAACCCAAACCAAACACCGUUAAGGAACCGAUGAGAGAGACCGCCGCCGAAGACAAUAAUCGGGGUAAAAGUAAACCAACGUUUAACCCCCGGCCGCCACCACAACAACAAACAAAAGGGGGCCAAAAGGGCGGCGCCAGUAAUGCCGGUGCGAAAAGACCGGCGGCAAAAAGUCCAACCAAAAGUGGUCCGAAAAUUCCCAACACUUCCCGACCGGAGCCGAUGAGAUCGCCGGCCAAAGGCAAGCCAUCGCCACAGCGUUCGCAACGCAAACCGGCGUUCAAUCCGAGACCGCAAACAACCAGUAAAACCAAUGAUAAGGAAAGGCUUACAUCUGUGCCGAAAGCGCCGGCAGAGCAACGCAAAGGCGGUUCAGCCGCCGGUGCCGGCAGUGCGCGGCCUAACGAGCGCCUCAAAGCCAACACCAAGAGUGCCCAGAAAUCGGGUCAACGACAACCCCCACCACCGGCUCCACCGUCGGCGAGAAAAACUACCGGCGCUUCGCAGCGAACGUCGCCCCAAAAACAGCGACCCUUUUAUAGCCGACCGCCGACUCAACGCCAGAGGCAGCCAAAGGCACUGAACGGUGGCCUCAAAACCCCUCCCAAACAGCGCCAGAACCAGGACUUUGAGGCCCAGGAGUCCCAACACAGGGCCGCCAAACAACUACUUAGACCUCAACGCCGUGUUGGCAGUGGACAAGCGGUGCCGGUUGUGUCCAACGGGGCAGCAAAAUGCACUCACGAAGGCUAUGUGAGAGACCAGAGAGAUUGUGGUAAAUUUUACCGGUGCGAUAACACCGGGGGCACAAUGAGGCGCCACGAGUUUGCCUGCCCUCCAGGCCUGCACUUUGACACCGGCAAAGGUAUGUGCAAUUGGCCCGCAUUGGUGUCGCCCAAGUGUGGGACUGGUGGGGGUCGUGGAGGUGCUGGUGGACAACGGGUUAAUACCAAUGAUAAUAAUGUGGAUAUGUGGGCACAGGAGUCGAGGUCUGCCCCUAAGGCUUAUGCUGAUUAUAAUGGCAAAUGUUGGGAAGCGUUGAGAGUUUAUUGUCCGGCAGAGGAGAUGGAUAUUAUGAGCCCUUUUCCAUACUAUUAUAAUCCGUACUGCACAAUAUUGUUUGAGACAAAGGACUGGAAAAUGGCUGCAAAUGAAGACUUGGGAUCUGUUGAACGAAGACAGCAAUUUGUCUCUACAGACAAAUGGCAUGUUUUUAGUCUAAUGAACGAAGAGUUUGUGCAAAACAUUAGUUCAUUCAUUAUAUACGGAGAGACAGGAAAUGAAGUGAUUGUUGUGACCAAAGAUGAUGUGGUCUUUCAUAUGAAUGUCAAUAAUAUCACACAAAUUACUGAAUUGUCUGAAUUGAAGGCAAAGGGUGUCAUCAAAAUCGUUGCCGGAGAGAGUCAUGUCUGUGCCCUCACUUCGACCGGUGAUGUGUAUAAUUGGGGCGAUAAUAAGUAUUAUCAGUUGGGAACCGGAAAUACUGCUUCAUCUCCACUUCCGUUGAAAAUGUCAUUCAAUUUAAAUAAUGAAAAGAUUGUUGACAUUGAAUGCGGUUUUAGAUAUACAAUGGCGUUGACCGAUGCCGGACAGGUGUACGCCUGGGGUUGUAAUGGCCAUGGUCAAAUAGGUAAUGGCAAUACUACUAAUCAAUCGACACCUAUUAAAGUAAUGGGAUCCGGAGUUCGAGUUGUGGACUCGGGAAGAUAUCGAGAUCUGGACAAUUAUCACGUAAAAUCCAUUGUUUGCGGUGGAUAUCAUUCACUGGCCGUUACGGACACCGGGAGUGUGUUUGGAUGGGGUUACAAUGGUCAUGGAACCGGUGAUAAGACUACUAGGAGUGAUUCAUUCAAAGUAAACAUCAAUCAUUAUGGCAUUAUUGUGGAUGUGGUUUCACACGUGAACAGCAAUAUUUCAGCGGCCGUUACGGCUAAUGGAGUGCUUUAUUUAUGGGGCGAAUGUCGGGAACCGAUCGGACAUUUUAUAAAUCCUAUUGAUGUAAUGAAUUUUGAAUCAAUAUAUGAUGUCUUUGGAAUGUAUGACAAAUCACACGCAACGUAUCGCUCGAUACCAAUGAAUAUCGCCGACGACGACCACCCGGUGCUCACUAGUAUGUGCAACGCCUUCGACAAUACCAUAUCAUCUAAUUUCCGGUUUGUGAUCGACGGACAGCCCAUUCAUGUCAUCAAAGAGUAUUUGAUUAUACGCUGCAAACGUAUGGAACCAAUGAUGCGUUUAGCCGAUACUUACGCCGAGACAGACCUCAAGCGAAAGUGUACUCGACUUUUACGUAAAGGCAUUACCAUUGAAACCGUGGCCCUAAUAUAUGAGGCGGCUGUUAAACACUCGGAGUCCGCACUUCAAGAAAUAUGUUUCAAUUAUGCGGUCAAACACUUUGAAGAUUCCCCAAAAGAAGUCAUGACGUAU